CUCCGGCGCGCGCCGUCUCAGCGUCUUCCCCAACCUGCACAAGCUCUUCUCCGGCGGCGGAAGCGGAAGCAAGCAGGCGGCCACCAUGGUGAAGGGACGCACGGGGCAGCGCGUCAGGCUCUACGUCCGGGGCACCAUCCUGGGAUACAAGAGGUCCAAGUCGAACCAGUACGAGAACACGUCGCUGGUCCAGAUCGAGGGGGUGAACACCAAGGAGGACGUCGCGUGGUACGCCGGCAAGCGCAUGGCGUACAUCUACAAGGCCAAGACCAAGAGCAGCGAGACCCGCUACAGGUGCAUCUGGGGCAAGGUCACCCGCCCGCACGGCAACUCCGGCGUCGUCCGCGCCAAGUUCAAGUCCAAUCUCCCGCCGGAGUCCAUGGGACGCAAGGUCAGAGUGUUCAUGUACCCGAGCAGCAUCUAAGGUUUUGUUGGAGUAGGGAUGGCCAUGCUUAUUUCUUACUUGUCUUGAGCUGAAAAUUCCAUGUUUGGUGAAACCCUGCUAUGUUGGCAACUUAGAUUGUUCAUGUACUGAGAACCUGUGGAAGUUUUGCCAAAAUUUGUUGUCUAAAGGAUGAACCAUUAUCGUAAUGUUAUGCCAGCACCAGAGCUUAUUUUGCGCAUCA